AUGCAGUCUUCGCUCUCGUAUCACGAACCCUCCAUCACCGCUAUCUCCAUCCUUUCUGGAUUUCUUCUGUUGUUGAACUUGCUCAAUUAUGGCCUAGACAAGAUCGCGUAUUGUGGCCUUAUCGGUCAGGUUGCUCUUGGCAUUGCUUGGGGUACUCCUGGUGCGAAAUGGCUCUCUCGUGAAGUCGAGGAUGCUGUCAUGCAGCUGGGAUAUCUUGGGCUCAUUCUUAUCGUAUAUGAGGGUGGUUUAGCAACCUCGUUCAAGUCACUGAAGGCCAAUAUUGGUCUCUCGUCUGGCGUCGCUGUUACCGGCAUCCUUCUACCCAUCGGCCUAUCCUUCGCUUUAAAGUCCAUGUUCAAUGCAUCCCUACUGCAGGCUUUUGCUGCAGGCGCUGCUCUCUGCUCAACAAGCCUGGGCACCACAUUCACCAUCCUGGGCACGAGUGACCUGUCAACAACAAGGCUUGGCGUCGUCUUGACAAGUGCCGCCAUGAUGGAUGAUGUGGUAGGUCUCAUCAUGGUUCAGGUCAUUUCGAAUCUGGGAGGAGACUCGUUUGAUGCCGUCACUGUUGUCAGACCCGUCAUGGUAUCCCUCGCCUUUGCAGUUCUGAUGCCCCUCCUUGGCAGAUUCGUGGUGAUGCCUGUCACUGCCAAGCUCAACGCUUUCCGUGAGGCGCACCCCUCCGGAAAGGUAGCCCAGCUACUCAGGCUGAGACAGACCGCCUUUGUCAUCCACACAGCCCUCCUUCUUGGUCUUGUCGUGGGUGCCACCUUUGCAGGCACCUCGAGCCUCCUAGCGGCAUACAUCGCUGGCGCAACCAUCAGUUGGUGGGACUCUGAGGUUCCUCACGUCCCAGACCGAGUACCAAACAAUUCUCCCCGAGCUGAGAUCACAGAAGAGAGAAAUCAGAGCAGUGAUAACACCAUCACGGAUCAAGCAGCCCCGGUGCAAACAAGCUUGCCCCUAGCUAUGGACGGCGGAUCCGGCAUGGACGUCUAUGAACGUUACUACAAGACUGCCGUCGAGCAUAUCUUGAAGCCCUUCUUCUUUGCAUCCAUCGGCUUCUCUGUCCCCAUCACUCGACUGUUUUCCGGACCUGUGGCAUGGCGAGGUAUCAUAUACACAGUUCUCAUGACUAUUAGCAAGCUAGCCUGUGGCAUCUGGUUGGUUUCCUUUGCAAACCCCCUCCGACCCUUCCAGAAGAUCGCGCAGAGGCUUGCCGUCAUGUGCAAGCGAAAUCCAAAGCCCCUUGUCCCUGGAGCACAGUGCGCAGACCCCGACUCAGCCGGUCAGGAUAGAGCAACGCCAUCGGAUCCGACAGAGGAGCGAGAGGCCGUGCCUCUGGGAGCACUGGCCGAUACAAGUGCGCGUCCCGUUUCUCCUGAACUUCGCAAUUCGACACCGAAGCCUGAAAAGGCAGUGUCUCUGUAUCCAGCAUGCAUCGUCGGUCUCGGCAUGGUUGCUCGAGGAGAGAUUGGAUUUCUGAUUGCUGCACUGGCAGAGAGCAAAGGGGUAUUUGGCCGCCCGCCAAAUGGUCAACCCUCAGAGCUGUUCCUUAUCGUGACUUGGGCCAUCUCUCUCUGCACAGUCAUUGGACCUAUCUGCGUUGGGCUUCUCGUGAAUAGAGUGAAGCAGUUGGAGGCUGGAAGUUUGAAGAAAAGAGGCGAGGGUAAGCGGAAUGUUCUUGGGGCCUGGGGAGUGAGCUAG